GGAUCUUCAGCAAAGUUACUGAGCAGAAGUCUUUCCCCCGGAGAGCAGGAAGAGCAGAGAAUCCCUUGUUCGUGUAACAGCAGCUGAUCCUGUGGCUUCUGCUCUACUCUAGUGCAUGUAACAGCAGCUGAUCCUGUGGCUUCUGCUCUACUCUAGUGCACACUCUAGUGCAUACACACUAGCUACCCUCCUCUCUCACUCCCUCACUCGCUUCAACUCUCUGGCUCUCUCCUUCUCUCUCUCACUCCCUCACUCGCUUCAACUCUCUGGCUCUCUCCUUCUCUCCCUCAUUCCCUCACUCGCUUCAACUCUCUGGCUCUCUCCUCUCUCUCACUCCCUCACUCGCUUCAACUCUCUGGCUCUCUCCUCUCUCUCUCUCACUCCCUCACUCGCUUCAACUCUCUGGCUCUCUCCUCUCUCUCUCUCACUCCUUCACUCGCUUCAACUCUCUGGCUCUCUCCUCUCUCUCUCUCACUCCCUCACUCGCUUCAACUCUCUGGCUCUCUCCUCUCUCUCUCUCACUCCCUCACUCACUUCAACUCUCUAGCUCUCUCCUUCUCUCUCUCACUCACACUCUCGCUGAGCUCUAACCGCUUGGAUACAGUGCAGAGGACUUGGGGAGAGUGCUCUUUUCUUCUUCUGCGUUUCCUUCCCUUCUCUCUCCCUCGAGAGCUAUUGAUUUAGAUCAAUUCAUUGGGAUGAGGAUGCGUUUGUGUUAAGCUGCAACAAAGGAAGAGUGCACAAGAAGCAACAGGGGAGUAAUUGACUGCACGGAGAAACAGGAGACCCCCCCUCCUUUACAGGCUCAACAAGGGUGGCCGGUUGGACAACAGCAGCAAUGUGAUUGGGGGGUGGCAAAGAGCAAAGAAUGUCCAGGAGGUUCAGCUAAAGCAGCCCUGCAGUGAGAAUCUCCCCCUCUGGCACCUGUUCUUCAUGAGGACCCGAAGAUGACUGUCACCAGCCGGCAGUCCUUGAAUGUCCUGACAGUCAUUUUUCUCCUGCUGUCCACUGCAGCUCUAUCAGCUCAUUUCAGAGUGUGUGAACCAUACUCCGACCACAAGGGGCGCUAUCACUUUGGUUUCCACUGCCCUCGCCUUUCUGACAACAAGACCUACAUGUUCUGCUGUCACCACAACAACACUGCCUUCAAGUACUGCUGCAACGAGACUGAGUUCCAGACGGUAAUGCAGGUCAACCUCACCACCACCACAGACGGCUUCAAACACAAUAACUACACAGCCCUGGUGGGAGUGUGGAUCUAUGGCUUCUUCGUCAUGGUGCUGCUAGCCCUGGACUUCCUCUACUACUCUGCCAUGAACUAUGAGCUGUGUCGGGUUUACCUGGAGAAGUGGGGUCUGGGUGGGCGCUGGCUGAAGAAAGCCAGGAGCCAGUGGCACCAGCCAGUCCCAGGAGAGGAGAAUGAGACCCAGGCACAGACCCAGGGUCACCCCAUGGCCCUCAGCCACCAGCACCCCAGACACAGCCUCAGAGGAGAGGACCAGAGCCCCACGAACCCUAGCACGCCCCCACCGUCUGACUGAAGCUGCGAGAGGAUGAAUGGAUGGAGCAGCGAUGUUGAGCAGAGCACGCCGCAGAAGAUAGCACGGCUCCGACACCUGUCUCUGUCUGGCUGGAUUAUUUACACAGUAACAUACCACAGGGUGGCUGUCCCUGCCGGAGCUAGCAGUUAGCUAAUAGGACCUGCUCGCCUCCAUUCCUCUAAACACCUCCACCACUGGACCAACGGAACCAGGCCAAAGGUCAACACUAGACUACUAUGAAAGGUCCUGGCGAAUGGAGCUGCUGCUACCCAAACACUGUUAAGGAACAGGUCACAGGCACUGAAACUGACCGUGAAGAACCCCUGCAUGGGCUGGGGCUGUUCUACGAGGACGCCAAUGGAAACUGAAAGCGCAACUGAUCAACUGAACAAGGGGGGCUUUGUUUAAUGUGUGUGUUUGAGUGUUGAUUGUACUUUGUUGCUGUGUGGGGUUAAAUUCAGUAGUAGUCAGAAGAGGUAGUGGGUGUAUCUCUUGGUGAUUUAUUUAAUGUCGACUAGUCAGGGACUUUUUACGAGUGGUAGACAUUCUAGACAAUUCACCAUGAUGCUUAGCAUCUCUUUGGAGCUAAAAUUAGGACAUCGACUGGCUCAAUCGCUGAGGAUAGAUCUAAUUGGACGGUGAAGUCUAUGGAACAGACAUAUUUCAGCAUAAUGAACCUUAAUUGAAUACGGUGGCCCCUCCCCUUCAAGUCACCCUGUCAGCUCAGCAAUCAGGGAGAGUGGAGUGCUGACAAAAUAAUCACUUCAGUGGUUCCCACUGAAAGGUGUUACACUGCAAAAAAAAAAGUGAAAUCUAAGCAAGUAUAAAUAUCUUCUAUUGAAAUAUCUUUCUUGUUUUUUCAAACCAAGCUAAAUUAUUUAACGUCAGUGGCAGAUCAUUUUAUUUAGGCUUGCUUAAAUGUCACUUUUUGCAGUGUAGUGCACAGGGAGGGGAUGAAGCUCAACACUUCACUCAUUUCUGACAUGAACUUUCGUAUUGAUCCAUAAAGUGCCGUUUUUGUUGUGUUGGGAGGGGAGGGGUGAGAGAAUAAAGCAUCUGUUCGGGUCAGCAGACUGGGAGGGGGAUGGAGUGUGAUGGGGGAAGACCAGGCGGUAUAUAGUACUGUACCAGGGUAUGUCUCUACUCACUCUACUCACUCUAACCCAAUUCUGGAGCUGUAACCUGCGAUCUGGCAGCAGCUUAGCCGGUACAUUAUGUGCAGAGAAUUCCUGCACUGUACACACCGUGCAGCAGGAAAUACACUACAGGGUCGUUGGUAGGGGCCAACCAAGAGGGCAGACCCAUAAAUGGUUAUCUGGGAGUUACUGGAAAUACUACCAAUACUCCUGAACAGCCACUAGGCAGGAGGAGCAGGACAACUAUCCCCAAUAUACUAAAACGGCAAACUCAACCUGCCAAUUUAUUCCAAUGAUUUUAAAAAAUUGUUUUGUCAACAUCUGGCUUCAUAAAUUCUCUGAAGUGUGCAGGCCCCAAAAAAGAAAAUGUUACCAUCUUCUGUUACAACAAUGACCAUGGCUGACAAUAUACACUGAGUGUACAAAACAUGAAGAACUCUUUCCAUGACAGAGUGACCAGGUGAAUCCAGGUGAAAGCUAUGAUCCCUUCUUGAUGUCACUUAAAUCCACUUCAAUCAGUGUAGAUGAAGGGGAGGAGACAGGUUAAAGAAUAUUUUUUAAGCCUUGAGACAAUUGAGACGUGCAUUGUGUAUGUGUGCCAUUCAGAGGGUGACAAAUGAUUGAAGUGCCUUUGAACGGGGUAUGGUAGGAGGUAGUAGGUGCCAGGCGCACCAGUUUGUGUCAAGAACUGCAAUGCUGCUGGGUUUUUCACGUUCAACAACUUCCUGUGUGUAUCAAGAAUGGUCCACCACCCAGAGGACAUCCAGCCAACUUGACACAACUGUGGGAAGCAUUGGAGUCAACACGGGCCAGCAUCCCUGUGGAACGCUUUCAACACCUUGUAGAGUCCAUGCCACGACGAAUUGAGGCUGAAAAGGGGGCAGUGCAACUCAAUAAUAGGAAGGUGUUCCUAAUGUUUGGUAUACUCAGUGGGAUCUCUUAUGAUUAGCAAUAACGUUCAGAUUUGGCCAGUUUGAGAUAGUUAACUUCCGUAUAGUCUAAUUGCUCCAGCAAACUUGUAACUUUUGCUGAGAUACGAUGCGCCCAACUGAAAUAAUUGGCCUGGACUGGAGAGCGGUGGAGGUGCUAAUUGCGCUCUAUCUCUUCGUUCUGCUUUCCUUCCUCCCCCCCCCCCCCCCCCCCAGAAAGUGAGGCAGCAUCAGCAACAAGGAAGCCCGGAGGAGCAGGAAUUUUAAACAGCUUCUGCAGUACAAAAGGGGAUUUAAUUGGGCCUCAAAACAGGGGAAUUGGCAGAGAUCAGAUGUGCUCGGGAACACACGUCUCCCCCGGAACCCCAGUGCUGUUUUGCUGUAACAAGGCUGUGAGCAGGGAAUUCCCUUCCCAUCGACAAUAUGUAGUGGUGAUAACUAGGGUAAUGCCCCCGCCCUAGCAGGCAGACAUGUCAUGUAGGCUACAGCCCAACAGUUGCCCCUCUUAUCGUAGCAAUGAUAAUGGGGAGCCAAACUGCAGCCCUCCCCAUACUGGAAGCCCAAACAAGCUCUGUGGUGUUGUUGUUUUUACAAGGCAAAUCUGACUUUCUGUUUUGCUUUCUUAACAUGGACUUGACGUGACAUAGUCAAUAUUGUAAGCAUUUCUGUAAGGAUGGCAGCGCACUUAUGUUUUAGUCUUGAGGUUGCUGUAGUAACAGUUGCCUUACAGUGGAUCUCCACUUGUGCACAGAAGCUUUGUAGUGAUUGGUCGGUACCUCACUGUGGGUGUGGUGAUGAUGACCUGCACCACGUUCUGUCUAUGUAUUACCCACUAGAAUGUACAGUUAGAAGCUGAAUUGUUUCUGCACUUGUUAACUUUGUAUUGUUACACCAGGGAGAAAUAAAGAUGUAUCUUUUCCAGUGUGUUUAAACA